AUGGCUGAUAGAUAUUUGAAAUAUCUUUCGAUUAAAUCAGUUAUCAUUAUUAUUGUUGCAUUUUUACUUGAUAAAGUGUCGGCUCUCUCUCAUAAUUGUUCAACGACUGUUUGGGCAUCAGAUGCAACAACAAUUGCAGGUUCACCUGAUGGUAUUGCAGAUUUCAAUUCUGCAUUGUUAAAUACUCCAAUGGGCAUCGCGGUUGGUGAAAAUGAUUCGAUUUAUGUCAUGGAUUCUACUGAUUCCUCCUCUCGUCUACAACUUUUUUAUCCAGGUAGUCAAUCAGGAAUAACAAUCAUUAAUGCCAGCAUUGGCCCAGAUCUCGAUGAGUUCUUUUACGUCACCGCUAUUAACAUAGAUGUGAGUGGUAAUAUCUAUAUACUUGACCGUAUUAACAGUCGUGUUACAAAAUGGAUCCCAGGAGCAUCAACGGGUAUACUUGUAGCCGGUGGUAACGGACAUGGCUUUUCUCUCAAUCAACUAUAUCUCCCUUGGGACUUUUUCGUUGAGCCAAAUACAUCCUAUAUUUGGAUAGCUGAUUAUUACAAUUGUCGAGUUGUCAAGUGGGUAAAUACAUCGACUGCGAUACUUGUUGCAGGAAAGAAUACUUAUGGUUUACAAGCGAAUGAAUUAAAUAGACCACAAGGAUUAUUCCUUGACACAUCUGAUUCGAAUACACUUUAUAUAGCAGACACAUAUAAUCAUAGAAUCCAAAAAUGGCUUUAUGGAGCAAGUAGUGGAACAACGGUUGCCGGACAAUCAGGUGUGUCUGGUAGUGCAUUUAAUCAACUUUAUACUCCAUUUGAUUUGAUUGUGGACACGAAUGGAUCUAUGUUCAUUGUGGACGAUGGAAAUAAUCGAAUCGUUUUAUGGUUAUUAGGAGCUACAUCGGGCAGAGUCAUUGCUGGUACAGGCGUUGGUGGAGUAUUACCAUCUCAACUAAAUCAGCCUUACUACCUCGCACUUGAUUCAACUGGAGCACUUAUUGUUAAUGAUUACGGUAACAGUCGGAUUCAAAGAUUUCCUAUUAUUUGCUCGCCAAAUAUGACGUCAUUAUCAACAACAUCAACUACUGCUAUAUUACAAAAUACAACAAUGGCUAUUUCACUUACUACCAAUAGUCUUACAACAUCAGCAAGUGAGUAG